AUGCCUUAUCAGGACAGAAGACCAGUCCACUUGACCAAUCUCGUGGUCCCAUCUCAACGCAGCGACCUAUCUGCAGACUCACUUCAUACCCCGGUCCCAUGUACACCCAUCCCAUUCGAACCUGUCCCUCUCGUCAUGACUCCCGAUACUCCCGCUUUCAACCUGGAACUCGAGGAUGAAGUCAAACCUCGCAUCUCUGGAACUUCCCCUUGGACCGAUGCCGAGGACGCUCUGAUCGCGUCGUACCUCAAUCACCCUCCUCGUCCAUUGAGAAACGUAUACCCUCCCAACUCUCUUCCUCCCCCUGCGGCUCUUGACGAGCUAACUACACAAUUGUCUAAUCUCUCUACCUGGUCUUCAAGCCGUACAUGGCGUUCCACGCGUUCCAGAUUCCUCGAUAUCGCUCAGAAGAAUUCUGCGUCAUUUUACGCCGGGUCCCGGAAACGACAGUCCUGCGAGAACAGAGCAUCGGCCAGAGAAUUGUUCGUUUCACCCCUCGGAAAUGGAAACCUCGAUGUCACUCCUGUUCCGAUGAGCAAAGGUGGAAUGGACAUCACCCCAAUGAGCAGGGAUCCAGAAGAGGUGAUCCGUCAAGUACCUCCUAUCGAGCCUAGGGCAGUCCGGUCAAAACUACGCGUUUUGGGAGGGGCGAAAAUGUCGAGGCAACAGCACUCAAUGGACUCGUUGUAUGGCGAUGCAGAGGUCGGCACAAUGUCAGAAACACUGAGACUCAGCAACACGCUUCAGAACCGCGCUCAAGGCGACCUGGAUCACUCCGAGGCCGGGGCGAGGCAAGCAUUGUCUUCGCCCCUCGCGUUCACAUUCUCCUUCAAUGCUCCUCGUAAAGGCGGUCCCAUCUCAUCCUCGCUACCUUCUGGAGUACCUCGACCAUUGUCGCUUCUCAACCGUGGAAGGUCCUUCACCUCGCAUGAUUUCCCAUCAAUCCCUACAACGAUCGACGAGUCAUCUGCCUUGUUCUUCUCCGAGUCCCCUUCACCCCCUUCGAAACGACAAGAGUUGAGCAGUUCAUCUUGCACUGAAGAGACUUCGCCUGUCCGUGUUCAGGCUGAAAUGCUUCGAUCUGUCAGUUCUCCCAUCUCAAGCUUUACAAUCUCUCCACCCAGUUCCGUCUCCUCUGCAACAUCUUCGAACAGCCUUUGUAUUCUCGAAGAUGGAUUAGAGGAGCCUGAACCAUUUACGCCGUUGGAUCAGAUUUUCCCCAACUCCCUCGGAUUGAGACAGCCGCCACCCCUUCGACGUCAAUCACCGACAUGUUCCAGCGGUCAAUCGACUCCCGCGGCGGCCGGAAGGACCACCUCAACGCCAGCAAUCACCUUGACCAAAGUCUCGCCGGAUCUAGGCAACUCAUCGACACCUACGCUGAUCGCUCCGGCUUUACCUCCUCCCCGACCGCCUACUAUCGCCCAGGCGAUCACUCAGUCCCCUGGGUCCACAGCGCGAGAGCUCGCCUCCAUGUCCAUUUCUCCUCCUCAGCUCAUCCCCAAUAAUAACAGCAGCAGCAGCAGCAUUACCGCUUCUUCCAACGAGACUGGUCGUUUAGGAAUUCGUCGGCCCACGCCCCUGAGCAGGAGUUACUCGGAAGGCAUGCACCCACCUCCUACCAUUCCACUCCGAAGUCAUGCGCAUGCGUCUACGCUCAUCAGUGUGGGACUCGGAUCGACUCGACUUCACGGCAACCUCAUGGGACCCAUUGCGAAGAGGCAAAAGGGUAACAAUGGAGGUCUGAGCGUCUUUGUCCCUAGACCUCAUGGGUCUUUAUGGUCCGAAGAGUUGAAAUCGCCUUUUGAACACAGGACGCACUUGGAUCCCGUAGGAUCGCCAAUGAGCAUAGAAGAAGAGUUGAUCUAG